ACGGAUUCUUUUCCACCCUCAGUUGCGGUCACACUGCCCAGCCAACAACAACCACAACUCGGUGCCGUUAGGGCUGCGUUUGUUUUCUGCUCCCAUUCAGCUGCAAAGAAAAGAAAGAAAAGUGAAAAGCGUUCGGAAAACAGGCAGCAUGUGAAGCACAAUUACUCCACGCAAUUACUAUCUCAAACGAUAAAGCUCUCGCCGUAAGGAAGUGCGUGAAAAUCGCGAGUGAGUUCGUGAAAAUAGAAUAAAAAAGCGCUCUGCAAUUGAAGAGAAACAUUGCUGCAGUCGUGUGUGCGUGCGUGUGUUUGUGCGUGCGAGUGUAGUGUCGCUCUCUGGACGCAAUUUCCUCCGCCAAAAGAGAGGGGAAGUGGGGCAGGAGAGUCCCGAAUCGAAUCCCCCGAAACAGGGAAUCCGAAUCCGAAUCCCCAAAUCCGGUGCAUUAAAAAUAGCGCAACGAGAUGGUGAAGGCGCUGCUAACGAAGAUGAUGAUGUAAAUGCCGCAUCGACGCAUCCCCUUUCUCUUCUCUCUCCAAACGAAAGCGAAAUCCCAGCUGGGAAACUGUAGCUCCAGCUGAAACCGAACCAGCAACCAAAACUCACGAUUGCCGCCUUGGAUUUCGUUGGACUGAAAUCGAAACUGCAUUCUUUGGACUCAUAUUUAUACCACAUAACGACACAUAUCGCCGACGGAACCGAACAUGAGAUUCCAGUGGUUCUUAUCGGCCAGUGCCAGCCUGUCGCUGUUCCUUCUCCUGGACUUCGUCGCAUGGAUUCACGGCGAGCGGGACUUCAAUGUCAACGACUCCCAGGUCCCCGUAAUUGAGCCAAAGGAUGUGCCCGCCUACAAACAGGAUCCGUAUGUUACGGAAUUGAUGAGUUGCCAAAAUACUCCCAGUGAAAUUGUGCUUUCACUUUUGCUAAAGAAACACGACUGGAGUGAGCUGACGGCCACGAAACGAGCUCAUGUCCAGGACAAGUUGGCCAAGUUCUUUGCCAUACCCAAGGAAUUCAUUUCCCUGGAUUCGGUGUCUAAACGGGAACUGAGAUCCAUGCAAAAGUUGGCCAUGAGGAAAGGAGGCAAGGGCAACAAGAACAUCGAGACCCUCAAUCGUCGCCUGGGACGCGCCAGUUUCAUGAUCGGCUGUGGUCCAAGCUACUUUGUGAUGGGUGAACCGAUAGCCAAGCAGAUUGCCCACCAGAUGAAGGAUGGCACCAUUGGCGCUUUGACGGAGGAGAACUUCGGGCUUUGGUUCAUUUGGCGCAAGGAAUUGAAAUCAAGAUCAAACCGCAAGCGACGUCAAUCCGAGGGCUCUGGUGCCGAUGAAGAUGACUACGACUAUGGGGAUGACGAUGAGGAAGUUGCUGAGCCCAGUACGGAAGUGCCGCCAGUGACCACACAUGCCCAUCGACAUCAUCACGGAGCGUUGGAGGUGUCGGAGAAGAUAGUGUCGCCCGAGUCCGUCUCUUCGUCGGCUGUUCCCCUGGUUCCGGACGUGGAGGAGGAGAUCGAAGAGAGCGUCUCCAAGCUGGAGUCCGUCAUCAGCAAGACGAUUGAGAAUACGAAGAAUAUCAAGGAGCUGCCCGUUCUGGGCGAAGCCGACGAUGGUGAUGAUGAGGAGGAAGUGGAACUACAGCAAUUGGGAGUUCCACUGGCCGCGGAGAUUGUGCCAGACGAAACCACCAGUGCGGCGGCCACACGUGCCACGGAAAUGGUAAAGCCCGUUGAUUUGGAGGAGCAAGAAAUUUCGGUGGACUCCGGCGUUGUACCGGCUAUCGAUGUGGAGGCCUCGGCCACGCCCACGCCCUCGAUGUCCGCUCGCGAAACACAGAAGCCCUUUUCACCCUAUGACGCCACCUCUUCGGUGUCGUCCUCGUUCGCGCCCGUCCCAUCGAUUGCAUCUGGCAGCGAAGCUGGAGAAGAUUCAACUUCGGUGUCGACCCCUCACCUGUCCCCAGCUAACUCACCCACGGUCAUGCCCACAGAGCUAGACAGAAAUGGCCUAGCCACCACAUCCUCAUCAUCUCCAUCUGCCUCACCUCCUCCAUCGUCAUCCGUUCCGACACAAGCCACUCAGCCAACCACAUCUGCAUCAUCAUUCUCAUCAUCAACAAUAACAACAAGCACAACAGCAACAGUCUCAACAACAACAACAGCAUCAUCAACAGCAACAACAACUACAACAACAACAACAACACUGUCUGAAUCGCCAAAGCCAAAUACUGUGCUUAAUGAGCUCGAGCUGAGCACCCAGCUGCCCAUCGACGAUUUUGAGGGCACUGCUACUGCAACACAGCCAACUGCAACUGCAACUGCCAUUGCAAGCACAGCAGCAGCAACAGCAGCAGCAGCAGCAACCGCAACAGCCACAACUGCCAAUGCAUCUGCAACAACAGCAGGCGAAAGCGAAUUUCAUAUAGAGUCCACAACGCACCGCACGAUUAGCUCUAAGGAAGGAGAACCCGAUGCCAUCAGCAGCGGCAACAACAGCCUGGCCAAUAAUGAGCUGUCGACGCCCGCCACGCCCACAUCUUCGGUGGCCACGACCACGGCAGCUACUCCGGAGUCGAGCAGCAGCAGCAGCACCUUCGUCUCCACCGACUACAUGGAUCCGCAGCCGGAGGAGAAUAGCCCGCCCAUCAUCAAGACGCGCCUGCAGAAGCUGGCUGUCACAUCGGGCAAGGCCUUCACCUUCCAUGUGCUUCCGGAAACGUUUUACGAUGCCGAGGAUCAGGGCAAUCUCCGCCUGGCGCUCACCGACAAAGAUGGCCACGAGCUAAAGGCGAACUCUUGGCUGCAGUUCAACGCCGACAAGAGGGAGCUUUAUGGCCUGCCUCUGGACGACACGGUAUCCCGCUGGCAAUAUCGCCUGUCGGCCACGGAUUCGGGCAAUGCCAGUGUCACAGAAACUGUGGAGAUAAGUGUGCAGCAGCAUCGUGCUGUGAGGACCAUUAACCACGAGAUCAGCGUUUUCGUACGGAUCAACGAGAAGCCGGGCCACAACAUUGAUUGGCAGUUGAAGCUCAUUAAUGCGGUGGCCAGAACCUUGGAUGACUCCACCAACUCAGCGGUGGUAGUGCGUGAGAUCCGACUGACGCCGCACGAUCCACACAGUGCCACCUUCGUUUAUUUUAACGAAACCCUGCCCACCAGCGAGUGUCCCGAAAAGGAACUAAAGGAUAUUAUUGCACGACUGGAUGCCAAUAGACUGAGUGAUUUGGUUCAGCCACAGCUGGGAAUCAAAUCUAUAACCGGACAGUUAAUCGGAUCCUGCCAGAAGGAUUUAACUCAAGUGAAGCCCACACAGCAUAUGACCAAGAAUGUGCCGCCAAUGCCACGCAACCAGGUGGAUCGCGUUAACGCCAGCUUGGGCCAGCUGCUGGUCUACAAAGUGCCGGCGGAUACCUUCUAUGAUGCGAACGACAAUCAGUUGACGCUUACCUUGAAAACCAGGGAUCACCUUGAGCUAAGCCCACGCCACUGGCUGCAGUUCGACUCCAAAAACGAAGAGUUCUACGGCAUUCCGAAGAGCGGCGACAUUGGUUCCGAGGAAUAUCUGUUGGUCGCCGAGGACAGUGGUGGCUUGAGUGCCCACGAUGCCCUGGUCGUAGUGGUUAGCCCAGCGCCAAAGCGUGACUUUGGGUUCUUCUUCAAAGCGUAUCUGUCCAUCAAGCACGAGCGAUUCAACGCCGAUCUGCAGCGCAAGUUUGUAGAGCGUGUGGCGAAGCUGAAUGGAGAUCCUACUACUGGCCAGAUCCAGAUCCGUUCGAUAACCACACACCACGACUCCGAUGGCACCAUAGUGAACUUCUACAAUACGACGCUGUACAGGAAGCACAACAGCUGUCGGGAGAAGGAAGUGGCCAUGACCAGGAGCGUUUACCUAAACAGUGACCUCAGCCUGAGGGAGGCAGCCAAACGGGCUCUGGGACCCGAGCUCAAUCUGACCAACUUUUCGGUGGUGCCCUUCAGUAUUUGUCAUCAUACCGAGAACAUAGACACCAACCAACUUGAUUACAUACCUAGUCGCCCCGAGGAGCCUACUCAUAAGUCCUCUUUCGGCGAGGAUUACAUGAUCACGUUCGUAUGGCCCAUCGUGAUCAUUGUGGCGAUGCUUGUGGCUGCCUCAAUCAUUGCCUGCUGCCUGCACUGGUGUCGCCAAAGGAGCGGCAAAAUGGAGCUAGGCGACGAAGAGGAGCGCAAGUCCUUCCGUGCCAAGGGUAUUCCCGUCAUCUUCCAGGACGAGUAUGAGGAGAAGCCCGAGAUCGGCAACAAGAGUCCUGUCAUACUCAAGGACGAGAAGCCGCCACUGCUGCCACCAUCCUACAAUACCUCAAACAUGAAUGGUGACAACGACGUGGACGAUUAUGUGCCACCACCGUCGGUGGUUGUGGGCGGCCGGGAAGUGCGUGGCAAGUCGCCAGCCACGCCCUCCUACCGCAAACCACCGCCAUAUGUGUCGCCAUAAAUCAGUGUCAAGAGCAGCAGGAAAGCAGCAAACCAGAUUGGAAGCAACUGCAACAAUAAUAACAAUCGCAUCGUAUUAACCACACAAUCUACAUAGAUAUAUACAUAUAUAUAUAUAUAUAUUUAACCGAUUUGGCACAAGUUAUAUGCAACUAAGCAAACUCUUUUGUAUAUAUCCAAGUGCAAAUUGGUUUCUUUGUACACUGUAUUCGAAUUGAGGGAAACUGGAUCCCAGCCGAGAAGUAUUCGCCAAGUCGAUGGAGUUUUUUUGGAUAACGUUUUGUAUUAGCCGAGAAUGGAGAAACAAUCAUGUGCUAAAUUACUGGCAAACAUACAGCCUACACCGUAGGACUAUCGAGUAUCACUAACACAAAACACAAAUCGAUAAACUAUGCUGCAUAUUAUUUAUUUAGUAUGUACUCUAAUUUAUAUGUAUACCACGCGAACACACGAGCACAUCCACAAGGACACAAAUGGUGUUUGGUACGAGACAAGCAUCGGAGCUUGAAAAACACACAGACACAUGCACACGAGCCCAUUUUAAGCAUAGCAUUUAAAACUCUUUGUACUAAAAUUAAGUUAAACGCGAGAAAGUAGGCACACAUGUCCUUCGUUCCACGUCCCUGGGCAGCUAUUAGACUUUCAGCUUGAUUUGCUCAAGCUGAAUUGUUUGCAUGUUUUUUUUUUUUUUGAAUCAUUGGACCACUUUGCUGCAUAUUUCCAUGAAAGGAUCAGGGGAACCGCCGAGGCAGGCUGUGCACUUGCCGCUGGUUGGUGCCCAAUUGAGUUUAGUAUUUUAGUUGUUUUACCAUUGGCUUAACUUACUGGGACGUCCGGCGAAGGACAUGUCCGCAAGGAGCUCGAUUAUUUUACAUUCUAAGAAGCAAUCGAACCCACAAUAGUGCUGCCAAUAAUCCAGGUACUCGGAUCGAACUAGCCGUUUGAAUACCAAUCGAUUCCUAAUUGCCCACAAGUGCUUCCCACAGACAGACAAACCAACAGACCAUAUCCACCAGACACACACACAACAUACAACACUCACACACACACACAAAUAUUUAUACGAAAAUGGAUUACUUAAAGUAGAAUCUAGUUUUAAAUGAUUUUCACACGCUCCCCUUUGGAUAAUUCUAUGUGAAAUGGUUAGAUUAGUUUAUAGCUGCUAGUUGGGCAGUACUUACUACACUACUACCUACUAUCUACUAUCUACCCCACCCGUCCCUUAUCCCUGAAUCGAACUAACACGUAGUGAGUAAUGCAUUGAUUUUAUAUGAACUUAUAGAGGAAGUCCAGAGCCUAAGUUAGAGCAAUAGUUGCAUGAAGGGAAAUGAAACUGAAAUGCAAAUUGAACUUGAAAUUGAAAUUGAAUUACUUUACGAGAGGACACUGAUUUUGUCGUGUGAAAACGUGCGCGAAAGUGCUACGCAAUUGCCUAUUAAACUAAGUAUGAUUAACUAAUUUGUGUAUUUGCAUAAGCUCAACCGCUGAAUUAUUUACAUUAUGUAAUUUGUAAUCGAGCAAACAGCGGCCGCAUUAGCAACAACAACAACAACAGCAAUAACAACAAACGGUAUCAAUUUAUUUUGAAUAAAAAAAUGCCAAAGAUA